GGCAGAAAGAAGCUCGCUCUCACUAAAUCCCUUAAGAAGCUCGCUCUCACUAAAUCCCUUAAGAAGCUCGCUCUCACUAAAUCCCUUUCUUUUUUAACACUCCCGCUUUAAAUCCCUGCCCCCUUCUCGCUUCUCAUUCCUCUGCAUCUCGACUCUCUAAUGGAGCCACCAUGUCCCCAAAACUCUUUCCUCUACAAUUCCUCUCUCUGUGCCUGCAACCCUGGCUUUGUCAUGGACGCUUCUCGCUCGAACUGUACCCUCUUCUGGCUUCCUGGGGGUGCUGAAUUUUUUGUGGACUCAGGUGUUACUUAUGAUCACAAUUUCCCCAAAACCAUCUUUUCGUUUGAAGCCAUUAACGGGAUUACACAGUCUCAAGCCCUCUUCCUUGAAGCCACUCUGGUUUCUUUGCUCACUUGGCUGGGCUGCUGCUUUGCCCUGCGCCUGAAGAAGGUGGAAGAUGGCAAGAGCCAUUGGUUUAAGCUUCGCUAUUGGAUUAGCCGAUUGGAUUUUUGUUACGCCACGCACCACUGGGUUGAUGACCAAAAACCUGUUGCAAAGCGCAAAACUGAGCUGGGAGGGACUCUCUCUGUUGCUUGUUGGAUUUUAUUCGUUGGUUUGGUUUCUGCAUUACUAUAUCACAUCAUCACCAAACGGGCUGUUGAGGUGCAUAAUGUCAAAGCUUCAAAUGUCUCAAAUUUGUUAUCUUUUGUUAAUGAUAUGGAAUUCAAUAUUACUACUGUUUCCAGUAUGAGCUGCGCUCAUCUCCAUGGUCUGGGUUCUGUAGUGACUGGAAUCCCUGGUUUCAUCGACCACAGAGUUUUGCCCCUGUCAAUGUUUGCAAACUACAGCUGUCACAACUCGAGCAUGGGGCCCACAAUAUCACUUUCAUGUAAAAAUUGUCGCAUUACGAGAGACAAUUUAUACGUUUCAUGGCAAUUUGUUGAUCUCCCGAAAGAUCCUGCUACUGCUGUUGGUUUUCAGUUUAACCUCACAGCUCAGAAGCCUGGUAACAAUAAGCAUGUGAGUUCUAUCUCUGGAACAUUGAAAUCUGGAAGUGCUACCACAGAAAGGCCAACAACAUUCAGAGGGGUAGAUGGAAAUGUUUUGAACUUCCAUAUGUUCCCACAGAUAUACCGUAAUGUGCACAACUUGAGGCUCAUUCAACCAUUGUUUCAUGAGUUCCUUCCUGGGUCUUCUUUUGUUGAUGCCAACAAGUUUCGUGCAUCACUGGAUAAUUCUAAUGGCGGUUUGAUCAACAUAACAAUUUACAUUAGUUUUAUCUCUGACUACAUUAUUGAGGUUGACAGCGAGAAUGUUGUAGGACCGGUAAGCUUCCUUGCGGAUGUCGGCGGCCUCUAUUCCAUUAGUAUUGCUGUAUUCUUAUACCUCUUGCUGCAAUGUGAAUACAGAAUUAAGAAGCUCCGAUAUGAAGAUGCCACAUUCAGAAAGAUCAGAAGUCGCAGGCUAGCUCAGAAGCGCUGGAAUAAGUUGAGGAAAUAUGUGAUGUACACAUGGGGUUCUGAACUACUUGAUGAGAAGAACCAGGGCAUUACAAAGAGGAAAACCUUUGUCCAUAAGAUUUUUCGAUCCAUGCAAAGAUUUGGGUCAUUGGAACCUAGGAGGCAACAAAGUAUUGAAGAUCAUAUGGAUCAAGUAGCAUCUACUAGGAGACCUCUUGAGAAGAAUAGCAUAUCAACACCUCCUCCUGCAGAUAUGGUAAAGUCAUGCUUAGCAACAAGUACACAUGAAACAGAGUAUAAAGGCUCCUAUGGUGUAGAAAAUGCUAUUGGACACGAAGUGCUUGCCAUAAAAAACACAAAGAAGAAGGAUUUAGUUAGUUCUUAUGAGGACCACACUUCUGAAUGUGAAUUUGUUCACCUUAAGGAGUGCAUAAAUCCUUUAUUGCCUCUUCCAGAGAUCAGAGUUGAGAGUGGAAUGGAUAUUUUUGAAAUACAGAAGAAUCUUCGAAAUCUCUACGAAUAUAAUGUGAAGAUGAGGGAGAAGUUCUUGACCCUUCAAUCAUUGGUCAUAGAUGUGAUCCAGAGACUCCCUCCUACUACCGAUGCUAAUAACCAAAAAAGAGAAACCAAUUGAAGUACGAAAAAAUAAAAGAGUUUUCAGUAUUAUGAGACCAUUGGUCCCCUUGGUGCUUCUGAGAUCAUCAAUGAUCUCAGUAUUAUGAGGUCACUGGUGCCAUUGUAGUUACUUGGAAAUUGUUGAGGAUUGGUCCGUCACGAGGAUAUUCAUAUUUUGUUGGGUGCAAAAGUUGGGCUCACACAUGCUACCGAUUCCUUGCAUCCUCUCGAGCAAUGAGAGACAAAAAGUGUGGAUAUAGUUCAUCUCAUAACAGGUCGUAGGCCUUUGCUGCUUGUGCAUUUAGUUGGUUCUUUCAUUUGUACUGCAGCCAUCUCUGUAAUCUCUCUACCAAGCAUCAGGCAUAAUUGUAACAAUUUUUUUUUUUUAAUUGUAUUCCUUAUCUAGCAGUCAUGACUGCAAAAUAUGUCUUGGUAUUCUCUCUCUUGCCAAGGAAACUGUCAGAUACGCCUAUGCUCAAGCAAAGAGAGGCAAGUGGUGUGGAUAUAGCUCAUCUCGUAACAGGUUGACGGUUUUUGCUGCUUGCGUUGUGCAUUUGGUUGGUUCUUUCAUUUGUAUUGUAAUCUCUCUACCAAGCAUCAGGCAUUAUUGUAACAUCUUUUUGUUUUUUUUUUUGUUUUAAUUUUAUUCCCUAUCUAGCAGUCAUGACUACAAAAAAUGCCUUGUUAUUCUCUAUCUUGCCAAGGAAACUAUCAGAUA